UAUGCAUCGACAUUCGCUCGCUCACAACGCAAUCGAAUACGUCAUCAGACAUCAAGUACUGACAUAUGUACAUUCUAAACUGUUCUAAACAAUUCGAAAAGCAAGCACAUAAACGUCAUGGCUCUUGCAUUCAGUGAUUCAAAAUUGCAUAGUGAUCGUGAAAGGUGGAUUUGCAUUUAUCCAAUCUAUCUCAACAGCAAAAGAACAUUGGCGCAAGGUAGAAAAUUAGCUAAAAAUAAUUGCGUUGAAGAUCCAACUCAUCAAGAAAUACGUGAUGUUUUGACAGCAGCUGGUUUAACGGUUGGCGUUGAAAAUAAACUUCAUUCACGUGAACGAAGCAAAGAAUUACUUUAUCGUGGUAGAAUUCGUGUACAAUUGAAAAAUGAUGAUGGUACACCAUUGCAUUCAAAUUUUCCAACAAGAGAUUCAAUACUUUUACAUCUUGGUAAAACAAUACCAAACUUGAAAACACGACAAGGUAAACAACACCCUGAACCAAGCUCACAACAAUCAUCAACAUCAUCAAAAAAAGGCAAAGGGAAAGGCAGAAGAUGAUUAAUUAUUAAAUGAAAAAUUAUAUAUUCAUUAUAAAAUUGUCAAGACGUUUUCUUAAAUUAAAAAUAAUUUUUUUUUCCAAAGUUUAAAAU